CCGUCGAGCACCCGAUACCACCUCCUCUAGCCAUGUCCACCCAGCCCCUCCUGCAGCGCUCGCGCGACAAGCGCAUCGCGCUCCCCGUCCGUGUCGAGCCCAAGGUGUUCUUCGCCAAUGAGCGCACCUUCCUCUCGUGGCUGAACUUUACCGUCGUCCUCGGCGGCCUCGCCGUCGGCCUGCUCAACUUUGGCGACCGCGUCGGCAAGAUCAGCGCGGGCAUGUUCACCUUUGUCGCGAUGAGCAUCAUGAUCUAUGCCCUCGUGACGUACCACUGGCGCGCCAACGCGAUCCGCAAGCGCGGCUCGGGGCCUUACGACGACCGGCUCGGCCCGACCGUCCUGUGCCUCGCCCUGUUCGCCGCCGUCGUCACCAACUUUAUCCUCCGGGUACGUCCUCCCCCUCUCUCCCAUCUCCCUCGUUCGUCCCGCAAGCUCACGUCCCCCUCUCGCCCCACGCAGUUCACCGCCUCCUAG